AUGGAGACGGUCUCUCAUCUGCUGCUGAAUCUCACCGAGAUGCCGAGAGUGACAGGUCCAACCGGGACCAGGAGCCGGAGCGGCUGCGAGGGUGACAAGUGCCAGCAGGCUGUUCGUCCGCCCAAAGACCUGGAUCAGACUGUGCGGAUCUUCCUUUACUGUCUGUUUUUUGUGUUGAGCGUGCUUGGGAAUGUCCUGAUCAUCGCCGUCCUCCUGAGGAACAAGCGGCUGCGCACUGUAACCAACAGCUUCCUGCUCUCGCUGGCGGUCAGUGACCUGAUGUUGUGCCUCUUCUGUAUGCCCUUCACCCUCAUCCCCAACCUGCUCAAGGACUUCAUUUUCGGGAGCGCCGUCUGCAAGGCCGUCGCCUACUUCAUGGGUAUCUCUGUUAGUGUUUCUACCUUCAGUUUGGUGGCGAUUUCCCUGGAGAGAUACAGUGCCAUAUGUAAACCGCUUAAAUCCAGGGUCUGGCAAACCAAGUCUCACGCCUUCAAGGUGAUUGCCGCCACUUGGCUGCUCUCCGUUACGGUGAUGUUACCGUACCCCAUCUACAACACCUUGGUCCCCUUCACCAGGGCAAACAACAGCACCGGCAAUAUGUGUCGACUCCUGUGGCCGAAUGACUUCACUCAACAAUUCUGGUAUGUUUUCCUUCUGCUGAUCCUGUUUCUGGUUCCCGGAAUAGUGAUGAUGAUUGCUUAUGGGUUGAUAUCCCGCGAGCUAUACAGCGGCAUUCAGUUUGAAAUGGAAAGCAGGAAGAGGAGCCAAGAGAGAAGCGGCUCCUAUGCCAGCAAUUACGAGGACGGAGAUGGGUGUUACAUGCAGAGCGUAAGGCGUAAAAGGACAAUCGAAAUGCAACCAUUGUCGAGCUCCACUAAUGCUAAGAUAAGCAGAGCGAGAAGCAACAGCUCUACGGCGAAUUUAAUGGCAAAAAAGCGAGUGAUCCGCAUGCUGAUUGUGAUUGUGAUCAUGUUCUUCAUCUGCUGGACUCCUAUAUUCUGUGCAAAUGCUUGGCGGGCGUUUGACAAGGUUUCCGCCGACAGAUUCCUGUCCGGGACCCCAAUUUCAUUCAUCCAUUUGCUGUCUUACACGUCCGCGUGCGUAAACCCCGUCAUCUACUGUUUCAUGAAUGAACGAUUCCGCCAGGCUUGCUUUGCGACUUUUACCUGUUGUAGCAAGCAGCGGCCACGGCCCAGAGACAUUGAGGACGAGGGUCGCACCAUCACUGCUUCCUUAUCCAGAUGCACUUACACCAACGUCUCACCCCCCUCUUGA